AUGCCGAGCCCAGUAGAUGAGGUCGCUUUCGUGGCUCCAAGUGGCCUUCGGCCGGUGUCGCCAUCUUCGCUGGAGAACCCUAUCCAUCGGGUGAACCGUGCGGUGGAGUCUUCACCAGAAGAGCUGGCAGAAAGACUGGCCAAAGCUUUGCUUCCAGCGAUGGAAAGCCGACUUGCACGCUUGGAGGCGACGGUUCAGCAGCUCCCUCGUGGAACCAUUCAACGAGCUGAGUUAUCUGAGGCUGCAACACUCAUUGCUGCCUCCGUAUCAUCUGCCAUGCAAGAAAGGUUGAACAGUCUGGAGGAUCGAGUUGAAGCAAUAGCAGCUGAAGCUUCAGCAUCUUCCACUUUUCCAUGGGCUUUUGAGGACAGUGGCUUGCAGCGUGCAGCUGUGAGAGACAUUUCCGUGGGUUCAGGCCGGACGAGACUUGUGGCAUCGUUGAAAAGGGGUUGGAAAAAACUGUUGUGCCACAUGGCACAUGAUGAACAAAUGCGAGUGUUUUGGCGUAUUGUGGCCCAAGGACCUCUGACAGUAGCUUCCGAGUGA